UGCCGGGGGGCGGGUGAUGAAGCCUUCUUGGCUGCAAUGUCGCAAAGUCACAGGCGCCGGGGGACUCGGGGGGCCCUUGCCGGGGUCCUCUUCCGCCCGAGGAACCGGUGCGGCCCGGAGGGCUUUGGUGGCCCCCGGCGCGCGGGGCCUGGGCUGUCGGGCGCUGUCCUCCAGCGGCGGCGAGUACAAGACCCACUUCGCUGCUUCGGUGGCCGACCCGGAGAGGUUCUGGGGCAAAGCCGCUGAGCAGAUCAGCUGGUACAAACCCUGGACCAAAACGCUAGAGAACAGAUACACGCCUUCCACCAGUUGGUUUGUGGAAGGAAUGCUUAACAUUUGUUAUAAUGCCAUUGAUCGUCAUAUUGAAAACGGUAAAGGGGAUAAGAUUGCUAUCAUCUAUGACAGUCCUGUUACAAAUACUAAAGCAACUAUAACUUAUAAAGAAGUCCUGGAGCAGGUCUCUAAGCUGGCUGGUGUUUUGGUUAAGUAUGGAAUCCAAAAAGGUGACACUGUCGUCAUCUAUAUGCCCAUGAUCCCACAAGCAAUGUAUACCAUGCUGGCAUGCGCAAGGAUAGGAGCCAUCCACAGUCUCAUAUUUGGGGGAUUCGCAUCCAAAGAAUUAAGCAGUCGCAUUGAUCAUGCAAAGCCCAAGGUGGUUGUUACAGCAUCAUUUGGCAUUGAACCUGGAAGGAAGGUAGAGUACAUACCUCUUCUAGAAGAAGCGCUAAGAAUAGGUCAACACACACCAGACAAAGUUCUCAUUUAUAAUCGUCCGAAUAUGGAGACAGUUCCUUUGGUAUCAGGUCGUGAUCUUGACUGGGAGGAAGAAAUGGCGAAAGCCCAAUCACAUGACUGUGUUCCUGUCCUUUCAGAACACCCACUGUAUAUACUUUACACAUCUGGAACAACUGGGUUACCUAAGGGUGUGGUGAGGCCCACUGGGGGCUAUGCGGUAAUGCUAAAUUGGACAAUGUCUUCAAUAUAUGGCCUUAAACCUGGAGAGGUGUGGUGGGCAGCUUCUGACUUAGGCUGGGUUGUUGGACAUUCUUAUAUCUGUUAUGGACCUCUCCUACAUGGGAACACAACAGUUUUAUAUGAGGGGAAGCCUGUGGGAACACCAGAUGCUGGCGCUUAUUUCCGUGUGCUUGCUGAGCAUGGAGUGGCUGCCUUGUUUACAGCGCCGACUGCAAUUAGAGCAAUCCGUCAACAGGACCCUGGGGCAGCCUUGGGGAAGCAGUACUCUCUGACAAGAUUCAAAACAUUAUUUGUGGCUGGAGAACGAUGUGAUGUGGAGACUCUGGAAUGGUCCAAAAAGGUCUUCAGAGUGCCUGUCCUAGACCAUUGGUGGCAAACUGAAACUGGAUCUCCAAUUACAGCAUCAUGCAUUGGAUUAGGUAACUCUAAAACACCUCCUCCAGGACAAGCAGGAAAAUGUGUUCCAGGAUACAAUGUUAUGAUUUUGGAUGACAACAUGCAAAAACUGAAGGCUCGAUGUUUAGGAAAUAUUGUGGUAAAGUUGCCAUUACCACCGGGGGCUUUUUCAGGACUCUGGAAGAAUCAGGAAGCAUUCAAGCAUUUAUACUUUGAAAAAUUUCCUGGCUACUAUGACACCAUGGAUGCUGGCUACAUGGAUGAGGAAGGCUAUGUGUAUGUUAUGUCUCGAGUUGAUGAUGUCAUAAAUGUUGCAGGUCACAGGAUUUCUGCGGGUGCCAUUGAAGAGUCUGUUCUUUCCCAUGGUACUGUGGCAGACUGUGCUGUGGUUGGCAAGGAAGACCCUCUGAAAGGUCAUGUCCCCUUUGCACUCUGUGUGUUGAAGAAAGACAUAAAUGCAACAGAGGAACAAGUUCUGGAAGAAAUUGUGAAACAUGUUAGACAGAGCAUUGGCCCUGUGGCUGCUUUUCGAAAUGCAGUGUUUGUCAAACAGUUACCCAAAACCAGAUCUGGAAAAAUUCCGCGAUCUACUCUAUCUGCCCUCGUCAAUGGCAAGCCUUAUAAGGUAACUCCUACAAUUGAAGACCCCAGCAUUUUUGGGCACAUAGAAGAAGUGCUAAAGCAGGCAUCAUGACAUUUUUUUGUUUUCCAACUUUGAAUUAAUAGUCUAGUUGGUAUUAUUUGAGCUGUUUUCCAGAAAUGAAUAUUUAAAUAGAAAUUACUUGCCAGUUGAAAUGUGAAUUGUAAAGCUUGGUCUAAAGUGGUCUAA